AAUACGAAAAGUUAUAUUAUCUUAUACCAGAAAUAAAAAAAGAACAUGAAUCAGAAUUAAAAAUAUACUUAUCCUCAAUUUUAAAGGACCUUAUAGCUAAAAAAACCCAAACAAUGAAUAUCAUUGAUCAAAGUAUAAAAAAUCAAAAAGGUGCCGCAGGUCAAUCAAAAUGGUGUAAAAAAUGCAAUACAACCAACAUUGAUAAUAAAAAAUGUACAUGUCCUAAAU